CGCCCUCGGCGGCAGCAGCACCAGCGAGGGCAUUGGCAGCAGCGGCGUCUCAAGCGGCGACCCGCGAGGGCCGAGUCCCCCGUUGGACGCCAUCUCAGAGGAUGCCAUGGAGAUGGACCUGGGAGUCGACCAAGUGAUUGACCCUGCAGUGGCCCUGAAGGCCUGCCAGGAGGUCCUGCUUAAGGUGAAGCUGCAGAACAGGGACGUGCCUGAUCAGCAGCAGCUCGACAACAGACGACAACAGGAUGGUCAGCAACAACACUACAUAGAUGUCACCGAGCGCACCAGUCCACAGCGGCACAUCAGCCCGGAUGCCGGCUCCAUCAAAGAGGAAGAUGAGGAGGAUGAAAAGGAGGAGAGUUGUGUGAAGAAGGGACAGAGACAAGGUGCUGCUUCCCAGCAAGGCCUUCCUCCUCCAUCUCAUCCCGAGUCAUCUCCAGGGCCACAAUCAGCAGCAGCAGCGGCGGCAUCAUCUAAACAGUCAUGGCUGCUACGCCUCUUCGAGUCCAAGCUGUUUGAUGUCUCCAUGGCAAUCUCCUACCUGUACAAGUCGAAGGAGCCGGGUGUGCAGGCGUACAUCGGGAACCGCCUCUUCAGCUUCCCCGACAGCGAGGUGGACUUCUACCUGCCGCAGCUGCUCAACAUGUACGUGCACAUGGAUACAGAGGUGGGCGACGCCAUCCGGCCAUACCUGAUCCACCGCUGCAGGGGCAGCAUCACCUUCUCUUUGCUGUCAGCCUGGCUGUUGGGCGCCUACUCCUCCGACAUGCACAUCUCCACCCAGCGUCACUCCAGAGGCACCAAACUCCGAAAGCUGAUCCUGUCUGACGAGCUGAAACCUCCUGCUCCUUCAGCCGACGCUUCCAGGGCAGCUUCGGCUUCUGAAAGUCCAGUGUCCUCACCAUUCCACCACCGCUGUCACCGCAGGCACAACAGCAGCAACAUGGAGACCUCCACUUCCCCAUGUGUCCCGUCCCCCGCUCCCUCCUCUGACAGCCCUGUACCCGGGGAGGCCGAGGUGUUUGCUUCCCCCUCCAGGAGGACCCACCAGAGAUCCAAGUCAGACGCUACGAUGGCAAACAGUGGGCCUGGCACUGGCCUCCGUCGGACAGGGAGCAACCCAAAGGUGGAGGCGGUUCACGAGGAGCCGGAGCGUCUCCGUCCUCAGCGGGAGUUCGUGAAGUCCCUGCUCUGCAUCGGGAAGCGUCUGGCCACGCUGCCCACCAAGGAGCAGAAGACCCAGCGGCUGAUCUCAGAGCUGUCGCUGCUGCCGGCCCGAGUGUGGCUGCCCACCGCCGAGCACCAGCACCACGUCUGCAGGAUCCCUCACACCCAGGCCGUGGUCCUCAACUCCAAAGACAAGGCUCCCUACAUCAUCUACGUGGAGGUUUUGGAGUGCGAGAGCUUUGAGACGUCUCCUGUCCCAGCUCGGAUCCCGGAGACCAGGAUCCGUUCGGCUCGUUCUGCAGAGAACCUGGACUGUGGCGGCGCUGUCACCAUGGCGAACGCUAACGGGAUGACAUCAGAGCACAGAGCAGGAAGUUUCUCUACCGUCCCGAACUACGACAACGAUGACGAGGCGUGGGCCACCGACGACAUCGGACAGCUGCAGGUGGAGGCGGAGGCUCACACCAGCAGCAGUGACAACAUCAGUCAGUUUUCAGUCGACAGCAUCACAAGUCUGGAGAGUAAAGAGCCGGUGUUCAUCGCUGCCGGAGACAUCAGGCGCCGUCUGUCUGAGAACCUCGCUCACACUCCGACCACGUUCAGGAGGGACCCCGAGGACCCAUCGGCUGUCGCCCUCAAAGAACCCUGGGAGGAGAAAGUCAGGCGGAUCAGAGAGGGCUCUCCAUAUGGUCACCUGCCCAACUGGAGACUACUGUCGGUCAUCGUGAAGUGUGGGGACGACCUGAGGCAGGAGCUGCUGGCCUAUCAGGUCCUGCGACAGCUGCAGUCAAUCUGGCAGCAGGAGAGAGUUCCUCUGUGGAUCAAACCCUAUAAGAUCCUGGUCAUGUCUUCAGACAGUGGGAUGAUCGAACCCGUUCUCAACGCCGUCUCUCUGCACCAGGUGCGUAAACAGAGUCAGCUGUCUCUGCUCGACUACUUCCUGCAGGAACAUGGCAGCUUCACCACCGAGGCCUUCCUCACCGCUCAGAGGAACUUUGUCCAGAGCUGCGCCGGGUACAGCCUCAUCUGUUACCUGCUGCAGGUCAAAGACAGACAUAACGGGAACAUCCUGCUGGACUCUGAGGGUCACAUCAUCCACAUCGACUUUGGUUUCAUCCUCUCCAGCUCUCCUCGCAACCUUGGCUUCGAGACGUCCGCCUUUAAACUCACAUCAGAGUUUGUUGAUGUGAUGGGGGGUCUGGAUGGAGACAUGUUCAUCUAUUACAAGAUGCUGAUGCUCCAGGGUUUGAUUGCCGCCAGGAAACACAUGGAGAAAGUGCUGCAGAUAGUUGAAAUCAUGCAGCAAGGUUCCCACCUUCCCUGUUUCCAUGGCUCCAGCACCAUCCGCGGCCUGAAGGAGCGUUUCCACAUGUCUCUGACCGAGGAGCAGCUGCAGUUGCUGGUGGAGCAGCUGGUGGAUGGGUCCAUGCGCUCCAUCACCACCAAACUCUACGACUCCUUCCAGUACGUCACCAAUGGCAUCAUGUGACCUGACAACGCAGAGGGAAGCAGGGUGAUGCCUGAUCUUUGACUGAAUCCUGAAACUUCAUCACAUCUUUCAAAGCACUCAGUGGAGAGUUUCAUGUGUUCUGAUGGAAACAGAACUGAAUGUGAGGAGUUUGCUAGACGACCUCGUGUGUUAGUAUCACAUCCAUCUUCUGAGGUCACAGGUUGUCCUGGACGGAUGAAUGGACGGCAGCUCAGACUCAGACUUACCAGACUUUAGUGAUGGCCUUGGAUCUCUGUGAGGAGAUGUGGUCAGUGGUUCUCUUGAUCACUGCUGCCUUCAGGUGCAGCUUGGACUUCUCCAGGUCAAACCACUAAACAACCUCCGCUGGGGAGCUUGCACUUCUGUGGUGUGUCGCUGCCUGAAAGGGAAAAAAAUGGCUUAUAGUCGUACUGAUGUGACUGAACCAGCACAAACUCGAGCUCAGCUGCUCUGACUUUAGUCCAACAGGAGAGAAAACAUUCAACACUACAAGUGAAGCCAGUCCUUUGUAUGUUUUCAUCAAUUUUUGGAACAAUUUGAAGGUAAAAUGCUGCUGAAUCAGUUAACUGAAAUUAACUUGCAGUGAUGUUGACUGAGAUUCUUUUGUAAUAUUCUCCAUGCAUUGCAUUAAGAGGUUUUCUCAUAAUUAUGACUUGAUUGAUCUCAUAAUUACAAGGAAUGUUAAAUCUUUUUAUCUAUAUUUAUUAAAACUCUAAUUUUGAAAGAAUUUUACAAAAGCCCAUUUAAAAACUCUUAACCUCCUGAAUUACGCUACCUUUACCUUGUGAUGAUAUUAAAUCUCAUACAGUCUGCACAUUUUUCUGUGGAAUUUUCCUGCAAAAAAAGUCACAUUUAUGGGAAAAUUCAAAACGGCAUAUGAGAUCUUGUAAUUAUGAGAACUGGCAGUUCAUUAAUUAACCUCUCAUAAUAAUGAGACAGUUUUCUUAUAACUAUAUCAAGUCAUAAUUGUGACAUCUGCUUGUCAUAAUUUAAUUUCCACAUCUGGUACUUUUUGGAUGGAUGCAAUGUGCUUCUGUAAUGGCCUACAGAAUUACAGACAACUAAACGCAUCACCUCCACUCUGAUCGGUUUGGCAGCACCUCGUUUCAGCUGAUGCUUUGACUCGAACAGAACCUAAGUAUCAGUCCGAUCCUACAACACAAGCAGCAGCAGGACGUCUCAUAAUGUCUGAUGGUCGGCUCUGUUGGCUGCACGUUUAGUUUUUCUUAAAGAACAAAAACUAUGAGAAAUACACUAAUGGCGCCAGAGCACAUGGACUCAGUGCUGUGUCUUUAGGUCUGUUUUCUCUGAUGUUCAAAUACAAAACGGUUUAGAAAGAAAAUAGACUGAAAUAUGUUUUGACUCUGUGUCUGACACCAGGUUCUCUCUCGACAGGAUUCCUCGACAUGCUGACUUUUAAUUGUUUUCACCAGACAUUUAUCACAGCAGCCUCAAGAUUUUGAAGCAAACAGAAUGCUAGUAUGCUAAGUAUUGGCAUGUCAACUUGCAUGCUAACAACAGGCUAAAGGUUUGACCUGCCGUCUUCAAACCAUAUGGAAACAAACAUGUUUCAUAAAAUUCAGGUUUUGUGUACAGUUUUAGUUUCUAACCCAGCUCUGGACAUAAAUAUUGGUCCUUUUCUAAACAUCUGCUAGAAAAUGUUCAGUAGUUACUUAAAAAGAGCAUUAGCACGCUAAUGCUAAAAUGCUUGUCUUUCUUUGAAUUUGCAAACAAAACACCAAGUUUUUGUUACAAUAAUUUUGUCAGAAUGAAUAUUGUUGAAAUUAUAUUUUGAUGCAAGAAAAUAACUGAGGAUUUAUUGUCAAUUGCUGCCUUCCUUAAUUUUUGAGUAUUUUAAGAGCUUUUAAGACUUUUUAAAAAGAUCUUUUGAUGUAUUAAUUUACUAAAUGUGACCAGUGUCUGGUGAAAAAAUAGCAAUUAAAAUUCACCGUUAACUGUUUAUUUAAUCUGCAUGUUUGUCACUAAAUAGUUUUUUCUGCAGCUUCAGUCUAAGACGAGUUCAAGUUCAUAAGAAAAUUUUGUGCAUUUUUUUUUAAUUGUCAAAAUGUGCACUACAUAACAUAUUAAUUAUAAAAGUCUACAGUGUUGAAUUUAAAAUGAGCAUUUACAUGGAUGCAGUUCCAGAUUUUGUUUUGUUUACGAGUGGUUUUCUGCCCAGUUGAGCCAAAAUGGCUGCUAAACUGCAAGUGGUUUGCAACAGAUUUAUGCAACAACCUCAUCAUCCCCGUUACAGCUGUACAUCUGUGUAGAGCUUUGAACCGACUGUUACAUGUCUGUUUACAGUAUAUUUAACAAACGAGAUACAUUCCUGUGAUAAAUGAGCAAUGGCUCUGUUUCAGUGUUUGACAAAGUUUUUCUAAAGAGGAGAUCAAUAAUGAUCAGCUUCCUGGAUAUGUGAACAUUUUUGUCAACAGUCCACUAAAACUGUUUUCCUUACUUGUUAUGAACAAGAUGUUUCCAGAAGCUUUUUGUCUGUAC